AAAAGAUAAUCAAACACAUUAUUUGCAAUUUAGCAUCGCGGAGGAAUAAAUGUUUUGUUUACAUCUGAGGUUACUUUCAUUUUCAAUUUGAUGGGGAAAAAAUAAUUUCGGAAUUUAAAGAAAAAAAUCCAUAAAGAAAUUGUUUCUAAUUUUAUUAUUUUAAUAUUUAACCUCUUACACAAAUAAUGGAAUCUUAAAAUAAUUAAUUUCAAUUUUAUCGUUAUCACAAUAACGCUUAAAAAAUAUAGGAAAGAAGUUCUUUAUAACAAAACUUAUAUGCGACCAAGUUCUACUUUCGUUUCAUUUUCCAACGUUUGUUUUGUUAUGGAAGUUGAUGAGGUUGGCGAUGAUGAUUGGUAUGAUCAUUUAUUGGUUCACCAACCAGCUGGGAUUUUGUAUGAAAUAUUUAAACACUUGGACUGGAUGGACCUAUGCAGCUUGGCUCAGACAUGCACAAAAUUCAGAGAUCUCAUCAAAAGAGCCACAAUAUGGAUGCAGAUGAAAACAUUAGAUUUUACAGAAUGUCUUUUGCCAUUGGCUGAUAGAAUCCUGAAAAUCAUUAAGCGUUGUCCUAAUGCUGAGUAUAUCAAAGUUGGAGCAAUGGUUUUAGAAAAUUCCACUUUGGAUCAUUUUCUUGCAUCAGUUUUUGGAUGUUGCCAGCACUUGAAAAAGAUAUUCAUUGAUACAGACUCAGUAGACAAUGAGACUAUUGAAGUCUUGCAUGAGAAGGGAGAUAACUUGGAAUAUUUGUCUGUAAAUCUUUGGGACAAGCACCUUGACAGCCAUCACUUGACACAAGUGUUAGCCCUUGGACGCUUGAAAGAACUCAAUAUUCAACAGUGCAGAUCAAACAUUUUUGUCCACAGAGUAGAAGACAAUCCAACAUAUAACAUCAGAAAACUUGUAUUGAAUUAUUCAAGUCUGCAAGAAGGAAAUGUCAGAGAAAUUUUACGCUCAUGUGUUCAUUUAGAAUACUUGGAUCUGCAAUAUUCAGUUUCAAAAUUCUCAACAAAUAAUUUACCUGUUAAAAGUGGAUUAAACACCUUAAAAGUGUUAAAUUUAGGACAUAACUAUUUACAAAGUCUUGAGACAGAACAACCAUUUCCUAGUCUAGAGACUUUAAACCUUGAUAUGUGCCAAAUGUUAGAAGUUGUUAAAGUAGAAGCGCCUCUUUUGCUCAACUUCUCCUGCCUUUGCUGUGAUGCCUUGAAUAGACUAGAGUUGUCCCCAUGCAGCAUUAAUUCUAUACAUCUUGAAUUGGAAAUGCUGCAGACUUUACACAUCAACAGCAUAUGUUUACAAGAAAUGGAGCUUUUAAGUAACAAACGGUUGUCUUGUGAGUUGUUAAUGGCAGCCAUUCCACACAAAGACCUAUUGCAAGUGUUAUCUCUGGACAGAUGUAAUGGAAUAUCAGCAAGUGAUCUCAGUGAAAUAAUGACUGAAUUCCCAAACCUGAGAGAGCUGAGGCUGAGUGUGGGUGAACCAAAGGUCCCCUGGAAUCAGGCUGAAGUCAGAUCGGAAAAACUAAGAACCCUGCAUUUUGGUGGCUGCAACAUUCUGCCUAGUCUUUUGGUCAGUGCUCCAGCUCUCCUCUCUCUGCACCUACAGGGCUGUAGAGAUUUUGAGGAGGCUGCUCUCUUUGAUGGCCUGCUGUAUGGCAAAAAAAUAGAGAGAGCAAGGGGUAUGGAAUGUCUUUGGAAUCGGAGGGUGGAUCAAACAAUUUUUGAAAAUCACAGUGGUGUUGAGAACUUGCAAGAACUGUACCUCACAGACAUGAAGGGCAUCAAAGGAACAGUUCUCUCAUCUGCCAUUACCAACUUUAGCUUCCUCUCUAAACUCGUUCUCAAACACUGCAACUUCUUAUCACAACUGCCUCUUUCAGACUGCUCCAGUAUAGAAGUUCUAUGUAUAGAGAGCUGCCCCAAAUUUUCAUCUCUAGUUAUUUCAAACUGUUCAAAUCUACAUAUAGUUCAUGUUAAGUACUGCAGUAUGAUGCAGCAAUGCAAUGUGGUAGCCAAUCAGUUGACAGAGACUGAUUUCACUGGGACCAACUUCUCCCAUUUUAACCUUUCAUCAGCAGAACUACAACAUCUAACAUUACAGGGGGUGUGUACAAGAGAAACCAACACUCUCAACCUCAGCUGUCCAUCAUUGGAAUCCUUAGACAUUCAGAAGUGUGACAUGCUUUCAGAGGAGACAGUCAAGGAAAUAUUUACUUCUUGUCCAAAGCUGACGUCACUUACAAUUCUUGGAGGUCACCAGAUAAGGAGUCUAGAAAUACCAAGGUUGCUUGAAGUUCUGAGUUUGACUGGGCUAAGAAAAUUGCAACAUAUCAGAGGAACACAGCCAAAUAAACUAUAUCACUUGACUUUGAAUAAUUUGCCAAAGUUUACCCCAGAUCUGAGGAUGGAGCUAUUGAAAUGGUGUGAAGAGACUCUGGAAGUCUUGGAGGUCAGAGCUAUACCAGGGGAAGUUGAACUCUCCCUGCAUCUCUCCCGUUUGAAGUCUCUGACUCUUGAUCAGGGCAUACAUCUAUCCAAACUAUAUAUCAAGUGUCCAAAACUCUCAGCUUUAAGAGUACAGGGCUGUCCAAAAUUGUCUUUCCUGGAAAUAGACAUGGAGACUCUGUCACAGAUUCAGAUUCACCACAGUGCUCGGCUCAUGGGUCUGCGUCAUAUGAGCAUCAACAUUCCGUCCAUAAGGCACCUCUCUACCAUACUCUCCUAUUAUGCCCCCAAUCUUAAGACAUUGACCAUUGAAAAAAGUUGGAUUUCAAAAGAGGAAAUUGUGAAACUUGGCAGGUGUCUUUCAUGUUUAGAAGUUAUACUGGUAAAGAACUGUGCUGGAGAAAAUUUUUGUGAGGAAACAUUCGAUCCUGCCUUUCUCGGACGGACAAACAAAGUUCCACUGAGAUUAGAACAAAUUUAAAAUGGUGCAUUUCCCUUAAUAUUAUUUCAAGA